AUGUCCUUCGAAAACACAAUCUCAUCCGCCGGAUACCUCAACUCCUCGACAUCUCAAAUCACUUCACGAUCGUUACCACAGCCCUUUGAUCCGAAUAUUGGGCCCAGCGACACGUACUAUUUGUGUAACCCAAUGGCAACUCGAGAACCUAGCGUGAGUCAUCAUAUUAAUUACAUUGAUGAAUUGAACCAAGAUCCAUUGGCGUGCAAUGACACCGACAACGGUCAUGUUGCGCAACUCAAACAGCAGCUCACCGAAUUACAGCAUGCUGUUAUGAGUCUACAAGCCGAUAGACUUCGGCUUAUCAACGAGAACGCUGGUCUCAAUACGACCUGCCAGACUUUACAGAAUAUGAUCAUUAAUAUGCGAGGUUCCGCAAGCUCCGUGUCCUCGACAUCUUCAUCAUCGCCCCCUUCCGACACCUCGAACACCAUCGCCGAUGAGAAACCUUCCCUAGUGGACAGGAUCGUUCCCACAGAAUCUGAUCAAGAACUUGAUCGGAAGGACUAUCCAUCUGUCAAAUCAUGGACGAGGAAGGAAUGGCAGGACCAGAAUCCAAAGACGACAUCAGCUGUGCCUGGAAGUUCUGGAAGCUCAUCUCGAGGAUCUGGGCGCAUGGCGCAAGGCGUUAAUGUCGCAUGCACAUACCUACAGGAUGAGCAAGGUGUAUCUGUCUCUGCUCAACGCGCCAAGACAAUCCGGAACCUCAUGCUAUCGAGCUUCCGGCAACUUGACACUCAAGGCCUCGCCCCAGAUUCUAUCGGCCAAGCAUCCCUGCAAGUCUUACACUGGCUGAUUCACACGCUACGGAAACAUUGUUUCGAAUUUCGUUUAUGUGCUGACAACUGGAAAGUCAUGAAACUCAUGACCGACAAUUACUCGCAGUGGUUCAACUACCACGUGAAGAAAAGAACCGGCAAGCGCAUCAAGGCUGAGCAUGGAGAGAGUAGUCCAGAUCUCUCAGAAGACGCCUUACCCUCAGUUCAGAAGCGCGGGGGUAAUUCUGAUCAAGAUCUCGAAUCCGAUCAUCCAAAGAAAUGCGCACGAACCGAUCAGCCUGUCAUUGAACCUAUCACCGAGAACGACGAAGCGAUACCUGAUAUACCACGACACCCCUCACCCGAGCGUGAAUUAACACCACCACCACGCGCCGACAAAGGAAAAGAUAAAGAAGUGACUACUAUUGAGAUCAAAAACCCGCUGUCUAAUGUUGUAUUGAAACCUAGGCCCAAGCCAGUCAACCGGAUAUCCCCUUCCAUUUCCAUCAACUCUCCGACUGCUUCGACUUCUGGAACCAGCCCAAUUCUUGCACCGCCAUCUACACCUUCGUGCACUGACGCAGCUUCACUAGCUGUAAAGGCCGAACUCAUCAACCAAUCAAGCACGACAAUCGAGAUGAAAGCGCACCCUAAUACGAUCAAGAAGCGCCAACCAAGCACGAAGCCUAUGCGCGUGAGCUCCAAGAUCACAGCACGGAAUCUUUGCGCCGUCGAAUGGCAAUCGAACGGCCAUCAAAAAGAACCAGCGAGCGUAUUUGCAACCUACUGGAACGGCCUAUCAAGCACCGACAAAGAGGUAUACAAGCGCAAAUUGGCUCUACAGGUUAAAUCAGCUGGAACUACUGAAGAGAGCGGCGCCGUUGAUGACGCGGACGAGGAGUAAUGGAUACGAGGCGGGAUGGGCGGGAUGGCGGGAUAGUGGGAUGGGCGGGAUGGCGGGCGAGCGCGGGCGCAGCGAUACCUUUUUUACACCUAACCAUAGCGAUACCCUUAGAUACUCAUUCAAUGGCAUUAGAUCUGUAUUCAUCCACCCAAAUUCAGCGCACAUUUACAUCUAAAAUUCAUCUAAGGCCAUCGAAAAUCCUAUCUACGCAGUAAAAUU